AGGCGCCGCGGCGGCGCUCUUUAUGCGUGGUUGAUAACUUUACCAUACUCCUAGCCCUACAACCUAAUUCACCAACAAGGUUUGUUUGCCAGCACAAUGGAGUUGAACCCCGUUCUUGGACCAGGGGAUUGCCCCCAGCCAGGCAUGUGGUAUGUAAUAUCCUCGAUGGGCCAACACCCUAGCAUGAGGGUCGGUCAUACCUGUUCUCACAUCCCCAGGAAGACUACCGAUGACAAGGGAAGGCUUCUGGUGAUAGGGGGCGCUGAUCCAAGCGGAGCUUACGGAGACUCGUAUCUUCUGGAUCUCGAUGCUUACCAGUGGUCCACACCAGACUACAGUGGCCUUAGGCCAAGAUAUGAGCAUGCAGUCUUUCAACCAGUCGGUCAACCGAGCAAGAUCUUUGUUUUCUGCGGUGCGGACCAAGGGAGAAACAUGAAUGACAUCCAGGUGCUAGACCUUGAUGAAGGAAAGUGGACCACUGCAGACGUCACUGGUACCCCUCCCUCUCCAAGGACGUGUCGUAAUUGCGCUUCUAGUGGUGACAAGCUCUACGUGUUCUGUGGUGGUCAUCAGGGGGCGGAGCCUGUCAGUGAUAGACAGCUGUAUAUCUUCGAUGCAGCUAGUAUGGCGUGGACAAAUCCUGAUGUCAAGGGAAAGAAACCAACCUGUCGUCAUGGUCACGUGAUGGUUGCUGUGGGAAACAAAAUAUACCUGCAUGGUGGAAUGGCACGAGAGACAUUCUUCAACGACAUGCAUGAAUUUGACACAAGAACCUUAACGUGGAAACAAGUACGAUGUAAAGGAGACAUACCGUUGGGAUGCACUGCUCAUGGGGCUGUUGCCGUGGGCAACAAGAUCUUUAUGUUUGGUGGGAUGUCACCUAACGGAGCAUUGGAUACUGCCUAUAUGUUUGAUACUUCAAAUUCCCGUUGGCGACAAGUAAAAAUAGAAGGCGCACCUCCUGCAAGUCGCCUGGACUUUGCGGUGUGCACCGCGCGGCUGUACUACGACCAACCAACAACAGACGAUGCUCAGGCUCCCGAUUCAGAAACUCUAUCUGCUAUCGUUAAUGCAGCCACCGCAGGCACAGCUGAAACAGAGACACCAAGCAAUGAUGAUGUGAAAUCAACCAUAGAGCAAGGAACAGCAAUUGUUGGAUCUGAACCAGCCCCAACAGACUCUAGAGGGGACUCAAGAGGGGACAAUUUCGGCGAAAACAAAACAUUACCAUCAGAGAGUGCUUGUGCUUCAACCUCUGGCACCACAGUUGAUGUUUUCCCACCAGAGGAGGGCGCUGUUGCGUCGACUACCGAGGGGUCAUCAGCUGGUACCCAGGGGUCAAUAGCUGGUGACCAAGGAAACUGUUUAGUCCUGGUUGUACAUGGAGGCAUGGAUACGCAAGGGGAGGUAUUCGAUGACUGUCUUGUACUAAGGUUAGACGAUUUGUUAUGAUCUGUUACCCCUCCCCCUCCCUUCCCCCCCCCCCAACACACACCGAGUCUUGUUUACGCCUGCAACCAUGGACCUCCUAUUGUCCCUCUUGUUUUUAAAGAGCUGUUUUGCAUUAGCUCCCAUUGAGCUAUUUUGCAACAGCUCUUAUUGGUUUUGUAUCUGUUUUCCAACUGUGGACCUUUCCUGAAUCGUGGACCUCCAGAAUUGUGGACCCUAUUGUAUACCGACUCACACGUCCCCAAGGUCAUGCCUACCCAGUUCUCCAAAGAUCCGCGUUUUAGCUGAGAUUGGUGAAUUGAGUACUCAAGCCCAGGGCCCAAUUUCAUAGAACCGCAUUAAGCACAAAAAGUAGCUAAGCUUGACA